AUGUCUAAACCUCCAAAAACGUACUGUAUGCAGGUGCAUUUGUUUGGUGCCACUUCAUCUCCUAGCUGUACUGCUUAUGCAUUGAAAAGAACAGCCAGUGACAACGCAAAAAGAUUCCCACCCGAAGUUGUAGAUACCGUUAACAGAAACUUCUACGUCGAUGACUGUUUGAAAUCUGUGGCAUCGGAAGAGAAAGCGGCGAUGUUAGCAGCGGAUCUACAGAAACUGAUGCAAAUGCGAGGCUUUAGACUAACAAAGUGGAUCAGCAAUAGCAGACAAGUACUCGAUACCAUUCCUGAAUCGGAACGUGCACAUACGGUUGUUAGCCUUGACCUUGAUGACAUUCUCCCUUGCGAACGUGCAUUAGGUGUUAAUUGGAAUGUCAACGACGAUAAAAUAACAUUCAAAAUCAAGAUAGCAGAAAAACCUCUGAUAAGACGUGGAAUUCUAUCCAUAGUCAGUGCGAUAUAUGAUCCGCUUGGACUUGUAGCACCUGUGACGUUACGAGCAAAAAUUAUCGUCCAGGAUCUUUGCAGGAAAAAGUUAGGAUGGGAUGACGUUAUACCGCAGAAGGAGCACGGAGAUUGGCAACGUUGGCUGUCAAACUGA